AAAGCGCUGAAAUUCAAAUCUUGAACAGAUGUUUCUUUAAAAAAAAAAAACAGGAACGGAGGCGACUGGUUUGGAGAAACGUCGGUUCAUAAACUUUCCGCGUUUGUGGAAUUAGGAUAGAUAAACGAUAAUUAUUUAAUAUAGCUAAGUCAGUAGAUUUGAACAAAGAUAAACUAUUAUUGGAAUGGAUCCGUUUACCGAGAAACUCCUGGAGAGGACCCGUGCUCGCAGGGAGAACCUGCAGAAGAAAAUGGCAGAGAGGUCCACUGCUUCCAACAGACAGAUGGCCAAGAGAGCUAGGGAGCCUCUGGCUGAGACCUGCAACAGCCUGGUCACAGAGCCUGUCGUCGACAAAGGCCCCCAACAUUCCACCAAGCACUCUCCCUCCAAGCGGAGUCGUUCAGGUGAACUUGACAAGCCCACCAUUAUUGGUGAGGAGAACAGGGAGCCUGCAAUGCCUCCUCGCAACCUGACCCCUACUCUGUCAGAUCCCCAGACUGACCGGAAGCCCCCAACGGGCCCAGCCAGCAUUCUCUCUGCCUCUUCUCUAGAGAGGGUGGAUGUCUGCCCUGCUCUUCCCGUUCCUGAACCAGAGCCCAUGGUGGCAACACGGCUUGUCCCAGAGCAGGUCAGGGCCACGGAGGUAGAGCGCCCUGCCCCAAAACCAGAGAAGUUGGCUGUAAGUGCUGCUCCACAGAGUACCAGGGAUGUGGAGGUGGUGCCUACUAGCACAGUUCUUCAGAGGAACAGAGAAGAGCAGAGGGAGGCUCCCACCUCCUCCACCCCUGCUGCCAUGAAGUCUCGCCUGGCCAGACUAGCUGAACAGAGGCAUUACUGGGACUCUGAAGGUACCUCUGAGGUUCCAGACAUCCCAGCAACUCUGUCCCCAGUGAAGAACCAGACCCAGCCGAGGCAGGCCGUAGCCCCAGUCCCCACACCCGUCCAUGCUGCUGCGUCCUCAGAGGCCCCUGUAGGCAGGAAGGGUCGGCUGGCCAACCUCGCAGCCACCAUUGGGUCCUGGGAGGAUGACCUCAGCCACGCGGCCCCUCGCAGCAGCAGAGACAAUGCACAAGAGAAGCCUGGUAGUGUCAGUAACGCCACCCCUGCUUGGAGGAGAGAGGCUGGUGCUGGAGCCAAACCCACCUCUGCUGCUGCAGACCGUCCACAAAUGACUCAGUCAUCAAACAGAAAGCCUGCUCUGGAUUGCAACCAGCAGCCUGUCCACUCUCCAGUCAAGUCCACCAGAGCAUUUCCCCCCAGCCCUCAGAAGACUGAAGUACCUGAAGCCAGACCAGCUCUACGGACAGGCAGAGGUCUCCCCUCUCCUGUAUCCAAUCCCCAAAGGAGUUACCAGGGGAGAGCCUCAGCCUUCACCCCCAGCCCCGAGAAAGGUGCUCUCUCCUCAGCCUCACCUGUGCCUCAGAGCCCCCUGAAGAACCAGGCCCUGUUCCGAGCCAUGGAGAUCAACGGUAGCCCCGAGAAGCCAGAGCUCCCCACACAGCCCUCUACCAUAGGGCCCACUGGACCCUCUGUCCUGCAGACCAGGGAGAGGUUCACCAAGGAGACCACCCCGGCCACUCCCCUGCAGCAGAGAGGCACAGCUGGAGCAACUGGACCAUCUGUCCUGCAGACCAGGGAGAGGUUCACAAAGGAGACCACCCUGGCCACUCCCCUGCAGCAGAGAGGCACAGCUGGAGCAACUGGACCAUCUGUCCUGCAGACCAGGGAGAGGUUCACCAAGGAGACCACCCCGGCCACUCCCCUGCAGCAGAGAGGCACAGCUGGAGCAACUGGAACUCCAGCAGAUGUCAAGUCGUUCAUGGAGCGUUUUGGGGAGAGGUGCCAGGAGCGUUCUGGCCUGAGUUCCCCUGCUACCUGCCAUGGAGCAGCCACUCGUAACCCAAACAUAGUGAACCCGUCUGGGGCAGACCUGGCUGGUCGUACCCCUGUAGUGAGCCAGUCUGUGACCCCCAACACCAGGCUGGUGCAGGAGAGGCUGAGAGGUGCCCAGGCUGCCAACACUGCCACCACUGCCCUUACACAGAAACAUAAACUGGAGCGUGAGUCAGAACUGGCUCAGAUUCGUAACCGUUUCCAGAAAGGGAACAACAUUUGGAAGAACAAGGAGGAGGUGGCAGACACCAAGAAACUCACACAGGCCAAGGAUCUGAUUGAGCAUCUUGAGGAGAGAGGGCCUGUUGUCUCUAAGCCUGAUGAGCCAACAACUUCCACUCUGGAUAGCCUGAAUGCUGCACCCAAGAAACCUUCUGAGGAAGAAACACAGGAGGAAGAAUCGGAUGAAGAAGAGAGUCAUGAGAUGGAGAUGAAAGUGGACCCGUCCAACAACUCUGAGAUCAACAACUUUGAUGGGUUCCAUGACCAGAUUGAGGAGCUGAGUGGUGAGGAGGGUGAAGGAGAAGAGGAGGAAGAUAAACUGAACAUCUCCUCGAUGUCCAUCCUGGCCCCCUUCUCUGAGUCGGUGGCUGCUGUGAUCAAGAGCCCAGUAAGGAAGAUGAUGACGUCGACCCCAGCCAGUUCAUUCAACGCUAAGAGCCAGACUCCUGACAUUGUUUCCAGACCCAGUAAGUUCCAAAGGGCUCGCUUGCUCCGGGCUGGGUCAUCAGACAGCCUAGAGACAGACGAACAUGAGGACCACAACCUGCCCUACAGUAUUGAUGCGUACAGGUCGACCAGGAUCAAGGAGAGUACCGAGAGGCCCUGUGUGAAGCAGGUCAUCGUGAAGGAAGACGUGUCUCGGAGAGCAGCAGAGGAGCCCAGGAGCCAAGGACACACCAGCAUCAAACAGAAGAUGAAGGUUCUGACCUAUGAGAUGAACCUGCAGCAGACUGUGAUCAGCCAGGCCAGCCAAGCCUUGAACUGCUGUACUGAUGAGGAGCAUGGGAAAGGCUCGCAUGUGGAGGCAGAGGCUGAGCGGCUGCUGCUCAUAGCCACGGAGAAGCGGGGGGCACUGAAGGCUGAGUUGGACCGUCUGAAGGGAGAGGGUCCUAGCAGUCAUAGGAGGGGGCAGGGUGGGGACAUGGGGGUAUCCGCCUCCAAGGGAUCCAUCUCUCUCCUGGAGCUACGAUUGCCCCUCAAGGCUGACUUUGUCUGCUCCGCUGCUAGCAAGCCAGAGUGUUCCAGCCAUUACUUCUUCAUCAUGAUCCGUGCUGGAGCUGAGAAUACAGUUGCUACUCCCCUAGCCAGCACAAGUAGCGCUAUCAGUGGAGACGCAAUCACCUUCUCUACCAAGUUCACCAUGCCUGACGUCUCUAACGACUUUGCAAUUGAUAUUGAGGUUUACUGCCUGGUACAGAAGCGUGAGUUGAACCCUGACAAGAGGAAGAAGCCCAGCAAGUCAAAGGCCAUCACUCCCAAGAGGUUCCUUUCUAAGAGCAGUUUGACUCCAGUGGUGGCUAGUCCCGGGGGCCCUAAUACUGUCCGCACCAGUAACUUUGUCCUGGUCGGGUCUCACAAGCUGACUCUUGCCUCAAUUGGGAAAAACAAGUUCCUAUUGGAGAAGAUCAAAUAUGAAGGCAUUGAGAGAGCGCUUCUUAGAGACAUGUUUCACAGCAAGGUGCCUUUCCUGUGCCCCAUGGAGGGCCAUAUCUACCUGAAGAUGCAGUGUGAGGUGGGCUCCCUGGUGGAGGAGAGAGGCUUCCUGACUAUGUUUGAGGAUGUGAGUGGAUUCGGAGCAUGGCACAGGAGAUGGUGUGUCCUGUCAGGAUACUGUAUCUCCUACUGGACCUACCCUGAUGAUGAGAAACGCAAGAACCCAAUGGGUCGCAUCAACUUGGCCAACUGCAUCAGUCGUAAGGUGGAGCCAGCCAACCGAGAGUUCUGUGCCAGGCCCAACACCUUCGAGCUGAUCACUGUCCGGCCUCAGAGAGAGAACGACAGAGAGACGCUCGUCAGCCAGUGUAAAAACACCAUGUGUGUCACCAAGAACUGGCUGUGUGCUGACACAAAGGACGAGAGGAACCUGUGGAUGCAGAAGCUCAACCAGAUCCUGGUGGACCUGCGCAUGUGGCAGCCAGACUCCUGCCACAGGCCUGUGUGAGAGCACAGCUCCCCCGCCUGGACUAGAGGGCUAAUAACACCCUGCAUGGUUAUGGGUCUCGCAUAUGGACUGUCACAAUCAGUGACACUUACGAUGACUAAGUGCAAUACAGUAUUCAAGUUAUUAAAUAGGAUUUACAUGUGUAUUAUAUUUUUAGAUGCUUUAGUGGACAGUCAAGACAGUUUAAGUCAGGGAUGGGCAACUGGGGGGCCCCCAUUCUCCAACUCAUUCUGGGUCUCAUCCAGCCACAUUUUAAUUUACAAGACAUUUUGAGAAAUCUGCCGGACCCAUAUGUAUUGGGUGCGUAAUCUGAUUAUGGUGUCCACCCACAGUGCUCAGAAUGACAAAUCACAUUUUGUUUAUGGUAAUUCAUAUUAACAGACCAUUCAAGUCAGAUACAACGAUGUGCGGUCCUGAUUCUGAUGGCCACUUUGAAGAUGUUAGAAUAAGUGUCUACAUUUAUCUUUCCUCGGCCAACAACAUGAGCAACGGACAGCAAAACCACUAGCUAUGUUAAUCUGCUAUCCUUCAUAGUAGAAAAGUUAACCUAUUUUAUUGGUCAGCUUGUUGAGAAAUAGCCUAUUCCAAAUAGACUCUGAGACUGUUAUGGGAAGAUGGCGCCCAAAUUCAUACAAUCAGUAGGUCUAGGCUACAUUUAAAAAAUUACCUUAAAGCAAUGAAUCUGAAACAACCAAUCCAAACGUUUAGCUUAAUGUUGAUAAACUAUGAUCCCAUGGCGCUUGCAAUGCCAGGGUUGUGGGUUCAAUUCCCACAUGGGACCAGUGCGAAAAUAUAUGCACUCACUACUGUAAGUCCUACUGAAUAUGAGCGUCUGCUAAAUGACAAUUGUAUUGACAUUAUAAGCUAUGUGCACAUGUUUGUUCCAUAGUACAGUUAGUGGGAAAACACCAAAAGGGCACUGCACCUGCAAGCAGUUUCAUGUGAUCGAUGAAAAUAUCUGUUAGACAUUUAAAAAGAGGAGAUCUAAUAGGCUAGGUUCAGGUUUCAAACAAUUAAGUAUAUGUUUUCAAAAUGCAUAGCCUACUGCCUCCAAAGUGGUGUGACGCGCUGAUGAAGCCUGCCUUCUGUUGCCAUUUGAGAUGCUGCAGCAGCUCUCACUGUCUGACAUAUUUUCCGCUCUGUCUGCAUGCUUUAGGUGUGUGAUAAAUAAGAUGCAUGAAGAAUGUACUGUAGCCUAUGCAUGCGCCAAUAAAUUCCACUAAAUGAGGCAAAUGAACCUAUAGACCUAUAAGCAUAAGUCAAAUGUAUUUCCAUCAAUGAAUAGUCCCCCCCAAAAAAAAUCACAAAGGGAUCCCCCUGGACAAUUUGCAGGUGCAACUUUUAUAUCGGCUUUUCUAUUUACUGGUCUCAACUUACCGUUGAGAGAUGAAAAAAAAUGAAAUUUGGUUGUGCAUCAGCAGUUUCUGUUAAAGCAGUCACUCAAUUAUCCCAUGGUAAGUUAGUCAUGGUCAAAUUACAGAUUGGGGGGCCCCAUUUAGAUAUUUUGUUACUCAGAUAUAUUAACUGCAAAUACUCCUCUCCGCCGCCUGGCAAAAUGUGUAGAAUUGCAGCAAACUUGCUUUAAAACUGACAUUUUCUUUGUGCUCCAUAGCAAACUGCAGAACAUGUUCUCCCAAACGUACUUUUCUUCUCUCCGCUGUCAAGGGGGGGGGGCGUUUAAAAAUAUUUUUCUCAAGGUCACUGCAUGUGUGGUUAUGGAUGUGGGUACUCAGACCCACAAGCCACUGGAGCCCCUCAUGAUGGGUUAAGAUUUUGUAGCCCCCACCCUUAUCAACGUUGCCUAUCCCUGGUUUAAGUUGUGAGAGAAAUAUCAGUAAAGCCAUACUUGUGUAGAUAUUUCAGUAUUGACUAGGGCUGCUGGUGCUUUUACACAGUCCACACUGACCCUGUAUUUUAUACGCAUGUCCAAAGUUUUGGGAGGCCAUACCCUCAAAUAUUUGAGAGAAUUGAGAAAGUAGGAUUUUGGUUGUCUAUGCUUAUACUCCCACGAUGCAGCUUGCUGACAAGAUAUGGCUUCAUACGUUGACUUUGUUUUGUCUGAUUUAAUGUUUUGAAUCAAUAUUUAACUUGAUGUGUCACAACCAAUUCUAGAAUUGUCUGCGUCGGUGCCAAGGUUAUGCACCAGAAUGUUGUGUGUUUUUUGUGAUUCCCUUUUUUCUUCCUUUGCAAUCUUAGCUAACCUUAUAUUUAUCAUGUGGUGCACUGUGGGUAGAAACUUCUGAGCUGUCGAGACUACCGAACAAAAAAGCCUUUAAUAUUGUUUGUAUUUGUCAAUGUUUUCUAUUUUUGUGUCCAGGUUUUAAAGGGUUACAGUUAAACAGGGGGUGUGGAUCUGCAGGUAUUGGUAUAGUAUACCACCAUUCUAUUGUAAUGGAUAACUUUGACAGUUGAGAUUAUUGCAAAUCCUUUUUUGUAUGAGCAGAUUUCUAUUCUCAUUUUAGUAUAGCUAGCUCUACACUAAGUUGAAAGCUUAUUCUCAGUUCAAGUUUUAAGCAUGUGCUUGGAGGACUGAAGAUGCUACUUACGCUUGUGAUUUUACAGUGAUGUUUUGGGGAGGAUAAUAUGCCUUAUCUACCCAUUAAUUAGUGCACAAAAUGUUAAUUAUUCUCCAAAUGUUGACAGGUCUAUCAUAUCCCCUGAUCUGUCCUGUCUAAAUGCCAGUCUUUCAUUUGAACAACAAGCACUCCAAAGAUUCAUUGAAUGUACUGGUAUUUCUAAAAUGAGACUUAAAUAAAUGCCAGCUUUAACCAAAAUAGUUGGUUUUCUUUCAAGC